AUGGCUGAGGACCUAGAAAGCAUGUGCCAAAAGCUGAGCCUACGUGAGGAUGAAGAAGAAGUACUGCUACUACCGGGAGCCCAGGACGAUGACGGUACUUUUCAGGGUGACUUAUGCAUCCUUGGUAAGCUGCUUACUAGAAAGUCCUUCAACGGAGAAGCAAUGAUGGCCACCAUGAGGAAAGCAUGGAACCCAUCAAACGGUCUUACCCAUAUUGCCAUCGGUGACAACUUUUUCCUCUUUCAGUUCAAUGAUUUGCUGGACAAGAAGAAACCCCUCACGGGGGGCCCCUGGGCUUUUGAUGUUAAUCUCCUUGUGUUUGGGGACUACAUUAGUCAUAUUCAACCUACUAAGGUGAAGUUGGAUGUAUGCUCCUUCUGGGUGAGAGCAUACAACGUCCCACUUGGUUGGAUGAAUGCCAAAACGGCAGAGUUUAUUGGGGACACACUGGGAGAAUAUGAGGGUUUUGAAGGUAAUAGUGACCAGUUGGCGUGGGGUAAGUUUCUUCGGAUUCGUGUCAAGUUGCAUGUAGAUAAACCUCUGAAACGGCAAAUGAAGCUCUAUAUUGAGGGUGAGGUCUGCAGAAUCCAGUUUCGCUACGAACGCCUUCCCUUGUACUGUUAUUCUUGUGGGCGGCUGGGACAUAAUGAACGGGACUGUGAUCUCAAAUUGAACUCUGACAACUUGGGCACAGGCGAACCCCAAUACCCAGCAUGGCUCAAGGUAGGGAAUGUCAAGCAACAAUUCUCCGGUCAGCAGCAGGCCAGCAAGGCCAGAGCUCUUGUGGGCAAAGAGUCCCAACCCUAUCCUGCCGCGGCUCAGUCCUUGAUAGGCGAGGAGUCCUCUCUGGGUAGGACUAUGGCAAAUCACGUCUCAAGGAACGAUACGUUGGAUACAAAUCCUGUUCCUCCACACCUCUGGGCUCACACCAACUCUCGCUGGAUACUGAUAGCAGAGAAAUCCACGGACCUGCAGGCGCUUCGCUCUAUUGCCAGCUCGGUGGGACAGAAACGACGUAAAACCAUUCGUAAAUCUUUGCGGUCACACCCCUCUCAGGCCUCAGGCGAUAGCUCUCUGUUUGGCCAUGCAGCUCAACGCAGUCGUAAGCACACAAGGCCAACGGAUAUGGUUUUCGAGGUUGCAGGGGACUCUAAGCGAUGUAAAAUGGCGGUACUAGCUACGGUUACUGCUACAACUGAUGAAACGGCAGAGACUGGUGCCCAGUCCCGCCGAGAGCCAUGA